AUGGAUCGUGAGGGACGAGCCAUGCAUAGCAUUUCGCUGGCCAAAAAAGGCUUCAAUGUCAAUAUUGGCGAGAAUACCAAUAACAUAACCGGGCUGUUGCCGCCUGGAGAUGCAUGUGAGCGCAUUCUUGCAACCCCUCCUCAACCUACUGCUCUGGAUCUCAUCAGCAUUUCGCUAUCUGCCUUACAAGUACCUCCUGGGAUCCGGCGAGGUGGCUACCUUGAGUUGAAGAAAUGGCAAGAAGACAUACAAUGCGACGUCACGAAUGCGCCCAGAUACAGCUUCAGCGAGCGGAACUUUGGCUGCGGAAGCUUCACGCUCUUAGCCGUGGCUAUGUCCAAAGACUACAAGGAGAGCUUCAAGAUCACCCUAAAGGCAGGAGCCAAGGUCGACGACGACGAUCUCCUUCGCCACGCCGCAGCCCGGAACAGUCUCUCAGGUUUCGCGCGCAUCCUACUUGACCAUCCUCAUGGUGCCGACAUUGACAAGAGGGACGGCGACUCCGCGACACCGCUCGUCCUGGCCUUGGUCUAUCAGCAUCUGAAUGUAGUCGAUUUACUGCUUUCGAGGGGAGGGAUGAAAUGUGUAAUUGAAGAGUUUGCGUUCUUCAAGAGGAUGCAGGACGAUGGCGAGUCUGAGCCACUGCACAUUCAUGUUGGGCUUGUACCAGAGGAGGAGCAUUGA